AUGGCCAGUUUCUCGGAUGAAGGUUAUGACUGUUCAGCAUAUGCUGCACAUCGCCCUUCCCCUCCCCAGGCUCUGUACGACACUGUUUUAGCCUACCAUCAGUCUCCCCGCGAACUAUGUGUCGACCUGGGCACUGGCCACGGGGCUGUGGCUCGCGCGCUGGCCACCCAUUUCAAAUCUGUUAUUGGAGUUGAUUCCUCCGAGGGCAUGCUGAAGCAAGCUGCAAGAACUCAGAAAUCGGACGUCAGUAAUAUCCAAUAUCACCAGUCCAAUGCAGAGUCUCUCCCCUUCAUUGCAUCGAAGACGGUUGAUCUGGUGAUCGCCUGUCAAGCAGCACAUUGGUUCGACCCUGAGCCGCUCUGGGAAGAGAUGACAAGGAUAGUCCGGCCGGGGGGUACCGUUGUUUUCUGGAACUGGGGCCAUUACGUUGUAAUGGGACGCCCGCAGGUUAAUCGGGCCUUGCAAAAGUUCUUUUUUGAGGAUCUGGUACCGUACUGGCCUCAACCAGGGAUAUCAGUGUUCAACAAUGAAUGGAUGUAUCCCGUUGAAUGCCGGGACUUUGCUAACUGGACCGACCUUACAAGGUUGGUGAGUAUUCCUGCCGAUGAUGAUGCGCCUGGUGUGUUGGAGACGCCAGGAGCUAUAAAAAUGCGUGCAUCACAGACCCUUGGUAGUCUGGAGACCCUGAUACGGACAUUGAGUAUGGUCCAUGAAUGGCGCAAGGCACAUCCUGAAGCUUUAUCAGUAAAAGAGGGCGGAUGUGGCGACUGCGUGGACACUCUCAUGCGAGAUAUGAUCGAGGGCGACGAAAAAUGGCGCGCCUUUGUUACUUCGGGGGGCAAUUGGCGGGACAUCGAGGUAGAUCUCGAAAUGCGCAGCAUUCUGCUAAUGGCUCGAAGGAAACAGUCCCUGUCGUACUGCGCAGAUCCGCAUGAACGCCAGCCAUGA